GUUCCAUAUUUGGAAAUAUUUUGACUGCUUUUAAUCCGAAUAAAAUGUCUGGAGCAAUGAAAGUGUUGAGUCGAUCUGAGAAGUUAUUGAAUGCAGACAAGCAGCAAGAUGGAUUAGAACAUUUGAAAAAAAUUGUUUCGUCUAAUGAUGAAGACAAGAAUGAUGAAGAAGUCCUUCGUGUUAAAGAGCAAAGUAUUUUGGAAUUGGGGCAGUUAUUCAGUCAAACUGGUAGAGCAGAACUUGGCAACUUAAUUAAAACAACUAGACCAUUUUUAAAUCGUAUUAGCAAAGCUAAAGCUUCAAAGCUUGUUCGAGCACUUGUGGAUUUGUUUUUGGACAUGGAAGCAGAGACAGGGAUGGAAGUUGAUUUGUGUAUGGAAUGUAUCGAAUGGGCAAAGCAAGAGAAAAGAACUUUUUUAAGACAGUCAUUGGAGGCUAGGCUGGUAGCAUUGUAUUAUGAUACACAAAAAUAUGCUGAGGCACUAAGUCUUGGUAGCUCAUUGCUAAAGGAAUUGAAAAAGAUGGACGAUAAAAAUCUUUUAGUCGAAGUUCAGCUUUUGGAAAGCAAAGUGUAUCAUGCAUUGAGUAACUUACCCAGAGCCAGGGCUGCUUUGACAUCUGCUCGAACAACUGCCAAUGCAAUAUACUGCCCUCCUAAAUUACAAGCUGCCUUAGAUUUACAAUCUGGUAUUCUUCAUGCUGCAGAUGAGCGGGAUUUCAAGACUGCUUUUUCUUACUUUUAUGAAGCUUUUGAAGGAUAUGAUUCCAUAGACAACCCAAAGGCCAUUGUUGCUUUAAAAUAUAUGUUACUGUCAAAGAUAAUGUUAAAUUUACCGGAGGAAGUCCAUUCUAUUAUAAUGGGCAAAUUAGUUCUAAAAUAUGCUGGUCCUGAAAUUGAUGCUAUGAAAGCUAUUGCACAAGCAAGUCACAAAAGAUCUAUGGCAGACUUUCAAGCAGCUCUUGUAAAAUAUCAAAAGGAAUUAGUUGAUGAUCCAAUUAUUAAAGCACAUUUAAACACUUUGUAUGAUACUAUGUUAGAGCAAAACUUGUGCAGAAUUAUUGAACCUUUUUCAAGAGUGCAGGUUGAACAUGUAGCAAAGAUUAUAAAUUUACCAUUGGACAAAGUAGAGAAAAAAUUAUCUCAAAUGAUAUUAGACAAAAAAUUUAAUGGAAUUCUAGACCAGGGAGAAGGUGUUUUAAUUAUAUUUGAAGAUGUACAAGUGAAUAAAACAUAUGAAGCUGCAUUAGAGACCAUCCAAAGUUUAGGAAAAGUUGUGGAUUCCUUGUACCAGAAAGCAACUAAGUUGUCUUAAUGAACAUUUUUAAAUUCUUUAAAUCCUUAUCAUUUAUCUGUAGUAGGGGUCUUCAACCUUUCACGCCCGAGGGCCACAUCAAUAACUUCACAAAGAUCCGCGGGCCACAUGUCUGUCAAAAAAAUAGUGUAGUCAAAAAAUUUAUUUAAUAAAAAGGGAGGUUUGUUUUGACAAGACUACAAUUGAUUCUAGGCGAAGAGAUAGUAUUACAAAUUUGUAAACACACAUACACAUAUACACACACACUGGUUCCAAAAAGUCAAAUGGAAAUCGAAUUAAAAUGUUUUGCAACUUUUUUUUACUGUGAAAAAAAGCAUAAAGAUGAUUGUACAGAACCAUGU